AUGCCUGCUCCUGCCACAGUCCUACAGGCACCCGAGGAGGUUCAGGUCAACCAAACCCACACGGACUACAGCUGCUGUGGCCACAAUUACUGCAGCUGGUAUGCCCAGGACAUACCACAGCCUUUAGCCGAAGAUGUCUUUGUGCUGAUCAUGAUCUAUGUGCCGUGUGUGCUGGUUGCCAUUGUGCUGGUGGUGUUCUGCCUGGAUCCACUCACGCGCUAUGGCGAGGGUCGCAAGGGCUCCCAUGCCAAGGACAGCACUGCGGUGCGCAAUCUGCUGGCCACAGUGCGGCAAUUGAAGCGCACCAAUCAGCAGCUGCUCAUCCCGCUGACCAUCUUCAUUGGACUGGAGCAGGCCUGGAUAGCGGCGGAGUACACCCAGAGCUUUGUGGCCUGUGCCCUGGGCGUUAAUAUGAUUGGCUACGUGAUGAUCACUUGGGGCGUCAUGGACUCCAUUUCCUGCUUUAUAUUUGGCGUAUCAAUGAAGUACAUUGGCCGCUCCAUGAUCAUCUUCAUAGGCGCCUCCGUCAACGUCAUUGUCAUGGGCUUCAAGCUGCACUAUCGCCCCGUGCCGGAUCAUCCCGUUGUCUUCUAUGCUCUGGCCGGGCUUUGGGGCAUCAGCGAUGCUGCUUGGGUCACCCAGAUUCAGGCCUUCUAUGGCCUGCUCUUUCGACGCCACAAGGAGGCGGCCUUCUCCAACUAUCGGCUGUUCGAGUCGGUGGGCUUUGUGUUCGGCUUCAUCUACUCCAGUCUGCUGUGCAUCGAGGCCAAGCUGUACAUCAUGCUGCUCAUACUCACUCUGGGUCUGAUUGGAUUUCUGGCCGUCGAAGUGCUCUAUCAGAAUAAGGUGAGUUGAGACACUCUCCCCCCAGGUGUGGUGGGUUUUGGCUCAAUUGUGACAAGAGAGAGAGACUGCCAGUGGAGCUGGAGCUGGAGCGCAGCGAAUAUAAUUCGUUUGUCACGCCGCUGGACGGAUUAGUUUGCUGUCAAGAUGCGGACUCUGUGCUUCGCCUUUGCCUUAGUGUGCUGUCUGCUGUGGCUGGAUGGAGGCCAAGCCAAGCGUAGGGAUGAUGCAGGAGCUCUGGGUCCCACCACAGAAGUGAGCGUCUUUAGUGGCUCUGCAAGAUCAGCUGAGAAGUCUGCCACUGCCUUUGGAUCUGUGACUGUUUCUGGAAGAACUCGUAACCGUUGCUCUUGCUGUGGUGGCCCUUUACGUAACAGAAAUGGUGGCCAAGGCGGUAAAGGUGCAGGAAGAGGUGGCGAUGGAGGUGCUGGUCGAGGCGGUGGCGGUGGCGGUGGAGGAGGUGGUCGCAAUGGCAGCCCAGGACUCCCAGGUGGCAGUCCACAAUGAAGCUACCAAGUGUGGAGUGCAUUUUUUACAGCUGUGUAUUAUCAAUAAUGAACCAUAAAUAAACCAGGUUUUCUAACAAUUA